UUAUCCCUCUCAUCUUUCGAGAAUUCCAUUCGAGGCAAAAAUGGUGGGAGCCUUCUCUUCCUACUCCCACUUCCCCCUCUCUCCCUCCGUCUGUGCCCUGUCCGCCCCCAGGAAAUCCUCUUCUACCUUCUUCCCCCCUCUCGCCUCGAUUCCCAACGCCCGGAUCUCGCAUCGCGCAGCAGGGCCUCCUGGUUCAAGAAAGAAGACCAGUGAUAAUCUAAUUGCGGAGAUUUCCCCCCAUAGAGCCGCAUCUGCAGUGAGAUUGUUAAGGAUCGAGCAUGGUGGUGCGUUCGCAGACCUGUUGAACGAGAAAGGGAGGAAUUCGGCGGAGAAUGAGAUGGGUUACGUCGAGAGGACGCUUGGGUUCCGUACGCGGGAUUUGGAUGAUAGAGAUAUGAGAUUGGUGACUGAAAUCGUUGGAGGAACUGUCCGUUGGAGACGCUAUCUUGAUCAUCUCAUCAUGUCUCUCUGCAGUGAGGAGAAGAUGUUUAGAGACAUGGAACCACUUCUGUUGCAAGUACUUCGUAUUGGGUUUUAUGAGAUCAUCAAGUUAGGCAUGCCCCCAUAUGCUGUUGUUGACGAGAAUGUAAAACUUGCAAAAAGGGCUCUAAGGCCUGGAGCAGGAAAUUUGGUGAAUGGGAUUUUGCGGAAGCUGGUUUCGCUGAAGGAAACAGAUUCACUUCCCCUCCCAAAGGUAGCUGGUGAUGAUCGUGCACAAGCUCGUGCUCUGGCCAUUAUACAUUCCCACCCUGUGUGGAUGGUGAGGAGAUGGAUGAAAUUUUGGGGGAUCGAAGAAUCUGUGAGAUUAAUGAAUUGGAACAAUAGUGAUCCAUGCUUUGGCCUAAGGGUUAACACUGCAAAAGGUUAUACAAGAAAUGAUCUUGUUAAUCGGCUGAAAUCUUUGAAGGUUCCUCAUGAGCUUUCUACGUUUUUGGAGGAUUUUGUUCGUCUCCAAACUGGGAUGCAGACUGUUAUACAAGCUGGCCUAUUAAAAGAAGGUAUAUGUUCAGUUCAGGAUGAGAGUGCAGGUCUAGUUGUGUCUGUUGUGGACCCACAACCCGGAGACACCAUUGUUGAUUGUUGUGCUGCCCCUGGUGGAAAGACUCUUUUUAUGGCUUCACGUUUAAAAAGCCAAGGUAUGGUAUUGGCAAUUGAUGUAAAUAAAGGCCGCUUAAGAAUUCUCAAAGAAGCAUCCAGGUCACAUAAUGUCAAUGAUGUGGUCACUACCACCAAUGCUGACCUUCGUUUAUAUGCUGAAAAUCAUAAUUUGAAGUUUGACAAAGUCUUGUUGGAUGCUCCCUGCUCUGGACUUGGUGUCCUCUCCAAGAGAGCAGAUUUACGCUGGAAUAGACGGCUAGAAGAUUUGGAGCAAUUGAUGAAUUUGCAGGAUGAGCUCUUUAAUGCAGCUUCCAUGUUGGUAAAGCCUGGUGGUGUACUUGUGUAUAGCACUUGCUCCAUUGAUCCCGCAGAAAAUGAGGAGAGGGUUUCAGCAUUUCUCCUCAGGCAUCCAGAAUUUGUUGUACAACCAGUACAUGGAUUUGUCCCUCCAGAUUGUGUUACUGAAAAGGGCUAUUACUUCUCAAACCCAGUCAAGCAUCACAUCGAUGGAUCCUUUGCUGCUCGGCUGGUCAAAUCCUCAAGAUCUACAUGCCAGAAGCCUAUUCCUUAAUGAGUUUAGCUAGCACCAUAUAUUGUUUUACCUCCACCGGGCAUUUAUAUGUUUCUUUUAAGCAGUAGAGGUCCAGAGCUGUGUGGAUAUCUGACCUUGUGAUGUGAGCUGGGCAAAUUAUUAUAUCGGAGACAAGAAAGUUCAUCUAGGAUGGCUCAGUAAAUGAGAUUCUUCUUCUUUUAUCAGUUAACUGAAGGAAAAUCAAGGGAAGUACCUCAACAGGUGUCAUUAGAUAGCCUUUUUUUUAGCUCCCUUGACAGCAAUAUAGUAAUUAUCUGACUGUUGCUGAUAUAUCGUGCAGCGGCUAGACUUUGUCUUGCAAGUUGCUCAGCUCGACUCAUUUACAAUUACACUAUGUUUCUGUUCAUGACACAACAACGUAGGAACAUAUUGCAGUUGGAAAUGACACCCCACAAAAAUGGCAGUUCAUCACCAAAUUUGUAGUUAUUUUUGCCUGGAAAAAGUUAGGACUAGUGAACUGCUGUGGAAGACAUCAACUGCGGUCAAGAAACAACCAAGAGGUUUUGGGAUGUUCAAAGGCAUGUGUGAUUGUGUCUUGCAGUUGUUGGACUCAGAACGAGGAUUAAGCUUAUAGAUUGGAAUCAAGUUUUCAUUCGGCAGCUCACUAUUUUAGCCAGUUGCACUGUUGGCUGAAUGCUCUUUAACAUUUAUGGUCAAGUAAUCACACAAUUUCAAUGGAAAAAAUGACUUCUAGGAAAGUUAUAUAGGUUUGGUUUUUUGCUUUGAUUCUUUUUUAUUUUGUUUUAGGUCCAGAAUGCUUUUGUUUUGCAUAUUAUGAAUCAUUUAUGGAGCAGUAAAAUGCCAGUCACAGAAUAUAUGAAGUUGUCUUU